UGCCGAGUGCUCGGGAAAAUCGCGUUAUCAAGCGUACUGAAGUUGGAGAGUACAAUCAGACAAACACGAGUACAACUUUGCAUGACAUUGAUUUGAAUUGUGAUUAUUGUGGUAAUGAAAUGAAAGAAAUGGUAGUUGACAGAAUAUACACAACACGGCAAUGCAUCCGUAUUUCAUGCAUAAAGUCAGAUGAAAGUAAGGGUCCAUUUUGCAAUUCAAUAAUUGCGAUAUUGAAAGAUGAUUUGGUAAAUUCUGUUGAAAUAGGCCAUGUAGUUGAAAUUAUUGGUUUAGUCGGAAGACAUUUUCCUGGGUUAGAUGCAGUUAAUGUAGAGGUAGAUUCCAGAUUUUGCAGUAAAUCAUGGUAUGAUAAUUGUUUGCAUGUCCAGGUUAAUAAUAUAAAAAAAGUCAUUAUGAACGAAGCGAUCUCGGGUCAUAUAAAUUCAUUCAUCGAUGAGCAACAUCUAUCUGUUCUCCCAAAUUACAUUAAAAUUCUUAAAAAAUUAAACUUGUCAGCUUGGGGAUUCACACAAAGACUUGUAGAUGUAUUCUGUGAAGAUAUUGUUCCACGUUCUGCCUAUAGAAAAAUCAAACUAUUCUUAUUAUUGAGUCUAGUUGCCCUUUCUGAAAAACAAUCAAAGAAUCACUGUAUCUCACCAAGCAUUCAUAUUAUGAUCAUCAGCGAUGGAUACAAUUCUAUAAUUCCUAAAAUGAUAAGACAUGUGUCAAAAUUGAAAAGGAACGAGGAAUGGUCAUAUGGCAAUGGUCAAAAGAAACAACCACUUUUUAUAAUUCAGAAUGGGAACAGCACUGCAAAAGAAAACUUUAUUGAAUCUACUAUCCUUGCAAGGUCACAGAGCGGCAUCCUCGUGGUAAAUUUAGACACCUUGAGUAAAAGAGAUGUAGAAUCACUACGACUUGUCAUGAGCAAAAGUCCAAGUUUAUCAACACAAAAUCGCUACCAUAAAUUAUGUAUUGAUGUAAAUACUUGUUGUUUGGGAUGGUCUGUCGCGAGACCUACUGGCAAGGGUAUUAAUCUCAGGUCGACAGAAAGUGAAGGAAUUGAACCUAUCUGUAAUGACCCGGUUAAACCAAUCAUAGAUACAUUUGAUCUAGUUGCAUACCUUAAAGAAUGUGUUGAUUCUGAAGCUAAUGGUUUAUUAGUGGACCAUUUACUUGACAAAGAAAUGUUAAACCUUGAAAAUAAAAAGAAUCAAUUCGGAUUAUCCUUUGAUGAUCUUCAUCAGUUCAUCUCUAUUGCGAGUAAUAUUGAUGUCAAGUUAUCAACGGAGUGUAAAGACCUCCUUCGUAAAUACUUUUUGAUGUGCCGUAGACUUAAAGGAGCUAGCCAAGGUUUUGCUUCUUCAACUGCAUUGCUUGAGCUAUGUCUUCGAAGCGUUGGAAGUAUAGAUGAUGCAUUAGUCAGUAUAUUAGUAGUCGAAGAAACUUUGGUAUCAAAAUAUGGAUCAUCUGCUUCUAUUCUUGGAUUUGUUCCAUUACUUGAUGAUCAAGAAAAUUUGCAUAAAUUAUAUGCUUGUCAAAAUCCUACAUUCGGUGAACCAAUAUUUUCAUCCACACAUUCAUCAAGUAAUAUUAAUAACAAUUAUGAAUCGAUGAGAUCAAAUAAAAAAAUGCCAUUUGUCCAAGAUGUUGAUAAUCCGCAAGGUACUAAUGAAGAAUUUUUUUCAUCUCUUUGUCAUGUGUCAAAGCAAGAUGACGAAAAAAUGGCAAGAUUUUAUCAACAUUUGAUACGCGUUCUUAAAUCUUUUGGAGAUGGGUCUAUUGAAAGUAGUGAUACCAAUAAAAAUGGCAUACACUUUGAUAAUUUCGCGGCUAUUUUUAACGAUGG